AUGAGCAACUCGAUGCGCGAUCUGAUCUCCGGCGAGGCCGAGCUGGAUGAUGAGGAGGAUGACGACUCGUUUGACGAAGAAACUGGCGAGGGGGGAAGAAAGGCCAAGUCGACGCACUUUGAAGACUCUAGCGAGGAGGAGGAAGAUGACGACGAUGAGGAGGAGGCCCGAAAGAUCCGUGAAGGCUUCAUCGUCGACGAAGACGAGGACGAAGACAGAGGAGACUCGGACGAGGAAGAUCGACCGGUCGUCAAGCGGAAACGAGAACCCCGCGAUCGUGAACAGGAAGAACGGCUCGACGAAGACGACUUGGAGCUCAUCGGCGAGCAGUUUGGGGAACGGCCAAAGCCACAGACCCAGUCCAAGUUCAAACGGCUGAAGCGUGGCCACCGCGGUGACGACGAACCCGAAAGGGAGCAUCGAGGCCUCGAGGAGAUCUUCUCGGACGAAGACGAAGACGCGGGGGACCAGCACCCGUACAGCAGAGCCAACUUUCGAACGCAGGCCGACGAAUUCGACGACUUCAUCGAGGAAGACUUCCCCGAGGAUGAGGAUGAACGAAUGCGCCAGCUCGAAGAUGCCGAGGUCGCGAGGCCCCGAGACCGCGGCGUCGGAGCCAUCGUCGACACCAGUGGUCUGGGCAAGGAUGCGCUCGAUGACAUGGAAGCCAUUUUCGGCAACGGCGAGGAUUACGCCUGGGCCCUGCAGCUGGAGGAUGAAGAGGAGGACCGAGAGAGGGAAGAGCAGGCCAUCGAGCUCAAGGACGUCUUUGAGCCGUCGCAGCUGAAGGAGAAGCUCCUCACCGACGAGGACAACGAAAUCCGCUUCACCGACGAGCCCGAGCGAUUCCAGCUGGACCGCAAGCCCUUCAAGAACCUGCAGCUCUCGGCCGAGCAGUUCAAGGAAGAGGCCCGGUGGAUCACGAACCUGCUCUGGCCCAAGAAGGGGUUGGCCCAGGAGCUCCAGGCACCGUUCGCGAAAGCGGUCGGCAAGGUGCUCGAGUUCUUCAUCGUCGACGAGGUCGAGGUGCCCUACGUCUUCCAGCACCGCAAGGACUAUCUCCUCCACUCCAAGAAGAUCCGACGAUCGACGCGCGACGACCCCGACGCGCCAGACUACACCAUACAGUCGGACAAGCUGCUGAACCAGGACGACCUGUGGAAAAUCCUCGAGCUCGACAUCAAAUUCCGCUCCUUUGUGGAGAAGAGAGCGUCGCUCGAGAGGACGUUUGAGAACCUCAAGACGCUCGACGUCGAGGACGCCAUGGUGGAGGAGAUGAUCCCCGAGGCGACGACCAUGGAGGAGCUCCAGGACCUGCAGGAUUACCUGCAGUUCCAGUACGGCUCGAAGCUGAAGGACCUGGCCGCCCUGUCCGGCAACGUCUCGCAGAUGAAGCGGCCGGGCUCCAAAUCCUCCCUCCUCGACCGCGUGCGCAACGGCAAGUCGCUCUACUUUGUCAAGGCGUACGGCAUCUCGUCGGACCAGCUCGCCAAGAAUGCCUUGCGUCUGGGGAAGAAGGUGUCGCCCGAGGACGACGAUCAGUACCCGAUGGACCUGGCCGACAGCCUCAUCGACGACCACUUCAACACCGGCACCCAGGUGAUGCACGCGGCUCGGCAGAUGUACGCCGAGGAUCUGUUUGCGAGCCCCCGCAUGCGCAAGUUCUUCCGCAGCUCGUUCUACCAGGCGGCCGAAAUCAGCUGCCGGCGGACGGACAAGGGGCUGCGCAAGAUCGACGACUCCCACCCGUACUACGAGAUCAAGUACGUGCAGAACCAGGCCAUCGCCGACCUCGUCCACCAGCCGGAGCUGUUCCUGAAGAUGAUGCGGGCCGAGGAGGAGGGCCUCGUGGAGAUCAAGGUGGAGAUGCCUCCGCGCUACGACUUCCGCCGACAGCUAUACCAGGAGUUCGAGUCGGAGAACAAGAGCGACCGCGCGGAGCAGUGGCGCGAGGAGCGCAAAAAGGUCAUCGACCUGUGCUACCCCAAGCUCGAGAAGAUCAUCGUCAAGAACGUCAAGGAGGUGAUCCGAUCGUUCUGCCAGGACGAGGUGCUGAGGAUGUGCCGGCAAGAAUUUUAUCGGAAGCUCGACCAGGCGCCGUACAAGCCGAAGGGUAUGGUCCUGGGCACGGCGCCCCGCGUCCUCACGCUCUCGAACGGCAUGGGAGACCCGGCGCGGGAGCCGACCUGCUGGGCCUGGGUGGACGAGGACGGCCGCGUGCUCGAGCAGGGCAAGUUUGGGAACCUCGCCCGGGACGAGGCGCAGCGCGACGAGUUCGUCGAGCUCGUCCAGCGGCGCCGGCCCGACGUCGUCGGCGUCAGCGGCUGGUGCGCCGAGUCGAACAGGCUCGUCCGAGACCUCGAGAGCCUCAUCAGCGACAAGGGACUCAUGGGUCCCGAGUUUGACGACGCCGAGACGAACGACUACCGCACGGAGCCGUUGGAGGUGGUCAUCGUCGACGACGAGGUGGCGCGCCUCUACAAGGACAGCCCGCGCGCGCUCGCCGAGCACCCGUCGCUCAACCCCGUCACCCGCUACUGCGUGGCGCUGGCGCGGUACAUGCAGAACCCGAUGAAGGAGUACGCGGCGCUGGGCAAGGACAUGUCGUCGCUCUCCUUCCACCCGUGCCAGCACAUGCUGCCGCAGGAGAAGCUCAUCAAGUACCUCGAGUCGGCCAUGGUCGACACGGUCAACAUGGUGGGCGUCAACAUCAACGAGGCCAUGGGCGACGCGUACACGGCCAACCUGCUGCCGUACGUGGCCGGCCUCGGCCCGCGCAAGGCGACGAGCGUCAUCAAGGCCAUCAACACCAACGGCGGCUCCGUCGGCACCCGGGACGAGCUCGUCGGCGACCCGGACACGGGAAAGGUGCCGGUGGUGGGGCCGCGCGUGUGGAACAACUGCGCGAGCUUCCUGUACAUCGAGUUCGAGGCGACGAACCCGUCGUCGGACCCGCUCGACAACACGCGCGUGCACCCGGAGGACUACGAGCUCGGACGCAAGAUGGCGGCCGACGCGCUCGAGCUCGACGAGGAGGACGUCAAGGCCGAGACGGACGAGAACGGGCCGGGGGCCAUCGUCCGGAAGCUCUUCCGGCAGGAGGAGCAGGAGCGGGUCAACGAGCUCGUGCUGGACGAGUACGCCGACCAGCUGCUCAAGAACUUUAACCAGCGCAAGCGGGCGACGCUCGAGGCCAUCAGCGCCGAGCUGCAGGCGCCCUACGAGGAGCUGCGACGAAGCUUCGCGCCGCUGAGCCAGGCGGACGUCUUCACCCAGUUCACGGGCGAGACCAAGUCGACGCUCUGCGAGGGCAUGAUCGUGCCCGUCAGCGUCCGGCUCGUCCGCGACGACUUUGCCAUCGUCAAGCUCGACUGCGGCAUCGAGGGCAGGGUCGAGGCGCACGAGGUGACGAGCCGGCCGUCGGUCAAGGACGUGCUGAGCGCCGGCCAGACGGUGCAGGGCAAGAUCCUCGAGGUCAACUACCAGGACUUCAUGGCCAAGCUGUCGAUGCGGGAGGACUCGCUGCGGACGGCGUACAAGCCGCCGGUGCGCCACGGCCGCGACGGCUGGGACUACGAGCUCGAGGCCAAGGACAAGGAGGAGCUGCGGGAGAAGGACAAGACGACGGGGCGGACGCAGCGCGUGGUGAAGCACCCCAACUUUAAGCCCUACAACUCGGUGCAGGCGGAGGAGUACCUCGGGUCGCAGCCGUCGGGCGAGGUCAUCGUGCGGCCGUCGUCCAAGGGCAACGACCACCUCGCCAUCACGUGGAAGGUGGCGGACAACGUCUACCAGCACAUUGACGUGCUCGAGAUGCAAAAGGACAACGAGUUCUCCGUCGGCAAGCUGCUGCGGGUGGGCGGCAAGUACACGUACAGCGACCUCGACGAGCUCAUCGUCGACCACGUCAAGGCGAUGGCCCGCAAGGUCGAGGAGCUGAUGCGGCACGACAAGUUCCAGAACAGGUCACGGGCCGAGACAGGCGAGCCGGACGGCGCGGGUCAUCGGGCUGCCGGUGCGAGCCAUCCCGCAGGGGUUCGAGCUCAAGGGGUACCAGUACCCGGACAUGCGCGCGCUGUGCAACGGCUUCAAGCUGCGGUACCAGAACGAGUUUUCCAAGAUGGGCACGAGGUGACGGCGCGGUCGAUGGGCAGCGCCGGAGCCACCGAAUGCCCAGGUACUGACGAGAUGCCUCUCACGGCCGAGAUGUCUCCCACGGCCGAGAAGCGUCCUACUCUUUGCACGCAAGCUUCGUGCUGGCGGAGAGGCGCGGGACGUGCGGCACGAAACGGACGACCUGCACGGCCGGGGCGGCAUGCCGGCGAGGCCGAAGCGGACUUGGGUGACGUCGGCGGAUGGCAUCGGCGAGGUCGGGACCACGUCGGUCGCCUUGGCCGACACGCCAUGCGGAUGGGCCAUGAUGACGGCGGGCCGAGGCGAGGUCAGGUGAUGCAGAGCAAGCACGAGCACGGCGCAGGGACAGAGAUGGCAGCAGCAGCAUGGCAGCGUGGACGAGCAGCCGGGGCCGCGCCUCGUGACGUCUUGCGCCAGAAUGGAUACGAAGCUGCAGCGAUAUCGGCCCUGUUGCAACGGGCGGGAGGAAAGGCGACGAACGGCUCUCUCUCCGACUCUGCUCUCUCGGCGAUGGCCAACACGUGCAAGUAG